AUUAAAAUUUUGCUUUGUACUUUGAACUAACUGAAAAAAGCUUCCUGGUUUGAGUUCCAUUGUAAAUUCUACUAAUCAAAUUAAAUUUGUGACAUGGACAGAGCUGUAACAGAGCAAAUUAUCUCCUUCAAGAAUCACCUUGGAUCCGACUGUCGAGGGGUUGAAAAUUUGUUAUUAGUCGACGCAGACACACUAGCAUUUAAAUCGGGUCAAUUUCUAUAUUUCUUCAUAAUCAGUGCAAAGGUGUUAUCUUCUACGAAAUGUACCGAGCAAUCCAUUGGAGCCAUAACAAAAAAUGUGACGAAUAAUCAUUUGGCGAUAGCAGAAAAUGGAUGCGAAUCAAAAAUUUAUAUUCGCAACUACCCAAGCAUGGAAAUAGUUAGUGUAUGUUCGAGUGGGCGAAGUGAAUUGGAAAUCUUGAGCUAUAGUAGCUCGGGCAAGUUAUUGGCAUCACAAAGCAAUGUGCCCGAAUUUGAAGUGACAAUUUGGGAUUGGCAAACGGCAACUAUGCUCCUACAAUUUAGAAGUACACAAAUCAACGAUAAUUUUGAUUUAAAAUUUUCCAUGGAUAAUGAUCGAUUUAUGUACACUGGGGGAGCAAAACAUUUACAUUUCUGGGAUAUUGUUCAAACAUUCACCGGACUGAAAUUGAUUGGAAAUUUUGGUCGAUUCGGAAAGUUCAAAACUUGCGACAUUCUAACAGUUUGCACGGACAAAAAUAAUCGUUUGUUGACGAAUUGCGAUUGGGGAAACGUACUGGUAUGGCAGAAUGGUCAAAUUAAAUUUGAAAUGUGCCGAAAAAAUCGGCAACCAUGCCAUAAUGCGACAAUUACACAAAUUAUCUUGUGCAAUGAGUAUUUGUACACAAUUGGCAAGGAUAAUUAUGUUCGUAUUUGGUUUUGGGACGAUGUUACCUUGAUAGAUAAGCGUGAAAAUGAGAAAAUCAUUGAAUUCGAAGCCGUUUAUGAGUACGAAAUCAACUCAAGCAUUCGAUCGAGUGAUGAUUUACUUUCAUUUACGAUUGACCCCGACAAUGCUCAAUUUUGCUACAUUCACGAUGGCAACGGUGUUAUUUGGAAGAGUAUUAUCGACUCAGAUUUUACGUCACACACUUUAGAAGCGAUUUUCCGAGCAAGCUCAAGAGAUUUGGUGAGUGCGGCCGUGUCACCCAAUUCAACACAGUUCAUAACUUUAGAUGGUCGAGGAGUUUUAUGUUUGUAUAAUUACAAAAGUGGUGAGAUGGUAUUUCAAUACCGAUUUCGAGUUAUAGCCAGCUCCCUUGUUUGGUGCUCAAAAGAGGUUAAUGCAUCAGGAAAAACGGUAAUAUUUGGUUUCGUAGAUGGAUCUAUACGUGUAACAUGCUUUGACAUUGAUGAAAAUACCUGGAACAGCUCGAGCAUCAAAACUAUUCAACAUUCAAAACCUCAUCUGGGUCGAGUCAAACAAAUUCUCAUGAAUGAAAGGGUUGUGGUUUCUGCGUCUGAAGAUCAAACAAUUUUUAUUUAUAGCAUUUCAUCGUCUUCAAAUGAAAUUACGCUCUCUCCUAUUGGGUUUGUUCGCAUGAAUACAGUGAUACAGCGAAUAGCGUGUUUCGAUUGUGACGUGGAUAAGAUAAUGUUUGCAACAGAUUUUUCGUCACUUCAGAUGCUUUCAUUUAGCAUAAUGGAUGAAAAUUACCUGUGGAUUUUAUUAUCAGAUGGAAAUCUCUAUGAAUACAACUUUUGCACGAAUAUUUUCUCAGUUAUCAAAGAUUCUGGACGAAUAAAUUAUUACGUAAUUUUCGAUAAUGGAAUUGUAUUUUUUUGCCUUACGAGUGGUAAAAUAUCAGUCGAACGAUUCAAUUACGGUGAAGCGAUUCUAUUUACAGAUAUUUUUACACUUGAGAUGCCACGUGAUUUUGAACUAGAGUCCGUUCAUAUGCUUUUUACUACCGAUAAAAUGAACUUAAUCGUGUACAACAAUUCGAGUGGCUCAAUUUUGCGAUACAAUUUGAAACUAAGGAGCCAAAAUGCUGAAAACUCAAAUGUUUAUGAACGGUGUACAGUUGAACAUCAACUUGUUGAUGAAAGUGCCAUCACCAAUUGUUUGAGUUUAGAACAACAGAAACAACUGGAAUUGGAAAACAAUCGCAAAAUUCAAGUGCAAAAACGAAAGGCUGAAGUUCUCGAAAUCAUUGCAAAGCUUAAAAAUGAAUUUGCAGCAGUUAAAAUUAAACAUGCCAAGCUGCCAAGUAAAUUUCAUUUGAACGCCACUGCAUUUGAAAUUGACAGACGAAUAACAGAUGAUUUGAAAUGGAGAACACAGCAAAAAUUUAAAACUAUUCAAGCGGAAUUGCUGAAGAAAAUUGAAAAAAUUCGAACGCAAGCUGAUCGUAUGCAACAAAUAUACCUGGAUAAUCUGGAGCAUUGGCCAAUUACAAUUACAGGAUUUCGAAGUCGAAAGAUUGUAGAAACGUUUCUCAUAUAUGAAAUAAACGAUGAAUUCCAAGCGCUUAAGGUACAGUUUGACGAAAGAGAAAUCACUUUGGAAAUAAGUAAUUCGAGUGAACAAAAGCAUUCAAGUGAUUCUGUGCGAAUGACGGAUAAAUCGAGUGACAGUGUAACUCAUGUGAAUGAUUUCAUUAGUUCCAUUGCUGAGAAAAUUUAUACGGAACAAGUUGAUAUUCAAACAAGGCGUUUGUUCAAAAGAUAUGCGGCCCGCAAGCAAGAAGAUCUGGAGCGUCGGAGACAAUGGAAGCGAAUUGAGUUGGCAGAGCCUCGAUUUAGUUUUUCAACCAGCAGUGAUGAGAAUUUACACAGUGACAAUUGGGAUACAGCGGCAGAUUUUGAAGCAUAUGCAAACCAAACUAUUGUUGAUAAAUAUCGUAUGCUAAAAUCAAUCAAGCUCCAAAUAACCAAAAUCAAACGAGAUUUUAACGAAAGUGUUUUGAAAUUGCAAGACGAAAAAUUGAAAAAUAGUUCCAUUUUAUGUGAUAAAAUCUCUGAACUUGAUCGAAUCUAUAAGAAACUUCACCACAAAAGACAUGAUAAUACAAUUGCGGUCAAGGAGCAUACAGAAAAAGUGACACAGUUCGAUGGGAAAUCUUUUAAGGAAGUGCACAUAAAUGUGAAAGAUUUACAAACAAAACUGCAACUAUUUGAUGAAUCAAACGAAAUAGAUGGCAUGGACAUUUGGACGGCAGAGCUUAACAAACAGCAAACCUUACUGUUCACACAAAUCGAAAGCAUUUAUCAAAAUUUUGAUAGCAAAAUUGAUGACAUUGCCGAACAAAGUAUCGAGAUUUCAUUGAAAGUUCAAUUCAUGGAAUUGUAUUACUUUGUAUUAUAUCAAGAGCUGCUGGUACUAAAUAAAUUCGAAGAGCCUCAUAAAUCAUUACUUAAAUCGAUUGAUGCGACCAACGAUAAAAUGAAACUGCUGGAAGAAGAGGUAAAAUUGACCAAGUCAAAAUUUAAAGAGCAAAUGGGCGAUGACGCUCUUGUAGACACCAAUGGUAAAAUUAUCGAAAUGGAAUUGCUGUUCAAAGCAAAUGACAGUUCGAUAGCUGACCAACAACUGCAGAUAUUAGAACAAAUCGCCGCAUUGCCAAUGUCAUCGGCUGAAAAGCAAACCAUCAAGCCGUUAGUUGAUACUAUUGAUAGCCUUCUGCGAGAGUGGAUUAUUUUGGACCGAGAUCUGAAAGGAGAUAAAUACGCCUUGAAGAAAAUGCUGGAGGAAAGAGAAGCACAAAUGAAUGACAUUGAUGUUGUGAUUAUGUUGCCCGAGGAUAGGUUUCGAACAUUAAAACCAAGCGAAACUACCACAUUUACCGAGAGCGUUUUGGUAAACAAAAACAAUAUGGCGAAAAUUAACGAGCAAAUAAAUGAGUAUGAGAUGGAAACUCUCAGCGAACACGCCAAGCAAAAAUCUCUUCAAUUGCAACUGAAUCAAAUCAAAAGUACUUGCACCAAAAUAAAUAGCAACAUAAAUUCACUGAGGGGAGAAGUUAAUGAUAAAAUGGUGAAGAAGUUUGGCAUGAAAAUCGACUUUGAUGAAAUGGAAGAAGCGGUUCUAACCCGAUUACUCAUGAUUCAAUCGAAAAAAUGUGAUGAUGCGUGCGAAAAGGACAAAGACCUACGACAACUCAAAGGAAUUCUGGAAAAUAAAAAUGAAGAGCUUAUAUCGCUGAAGCAACAACAAAUUGAGAAAUACAACACAUUGAUUGUACUACAAGGUGAACUGAACGCGAUAAACGAAGAGCAAAAAUACCACGAAAAGUUGCGCGAUAAAUAUCUAUUGGCUGCACAAAAUAAAGCAAAUGAAGAAAAGGAUUUAGAGAGAUUGCAAGCGCUUUUGAAGCAUCAGAAGCAACAAAUUAGAAAAAUUACCAGAGACAUUAGUAGUAUGAAAAAGCGGGUUUAAUCCACGUUUAUUAGUAUUAGUGCACACAUACACACAUACA